GUACCUAAAUCCGUGCUGGAGGCCUUAGAACAACACCUGGCGUAUAUUGAGGGUGGUGCCAAGACACUCGACAAAACACCCAGUCCGAAUCCAACCAGUUCCAGUUCGAGCACAUUGAAUCGCUCCGGCCCCGAUUUCACACGGGACUCGAUUGACCCGUCGGGACCCCCAAUGGACACGCCCUUCCAAACCGGAUCCGGCGAUUUUGUUCUGACCGAGGCCGAACGUCGCCAGAUUAUCGAGGAAGAACGUGCCCGACUGGAGUCGUUUGUGUCCAACGCACGUCAGCGUGCGAUCUCCGGUGCUGAGGCAGAUAUGCGUGCUGCACAGGACAAACUGAAACAGCUCUCCACGGAUGCGGAAUUUGUGGAUUUGUUAUCAAGUGAAACGAACGCGUCCACCCAACCGGAUGCGUUCAAGCCUGGGUCAUUUUGGGGAACUCAACCUUCCACGGCUAGUCCGUGGCCAAACUCAUCCGGAAACCAGUUCGGUUCUGUCAAUGGAAAUCAGGCGCUGGCGUUACUCGAUUUCUCCGAACCGCCGUCUACCACAACAACAACAACAACAACAGCGAAUCACCCAGUCUCAUCCGGCAUGAUGAUGAAUAUGGGCCACAGCAACUCGACCGGAUUUCUGUCCGCCUCAUCAAACAACCCGUUCGUUCCCACUCCCGUUGCACCAGCUCAACCGGGAGGAGCCAUUCAACCGGUCAUAAACCUAUGGUCUUCACGUCCUUCUCAGUGCGCCCCGUUCGGUGUGCCUCCAGGUGCUAAGGAAACCCCUGCAAGCGGCGUGCCGAGCAAAUCCACUUCGGGCUCAGUGACAUCAGAUGCGACUUCUCUGGAUGCACGUCUGGCUCAACUAGCUGGUAAUCUGGCUAUCCGUCCCGGAACAUCAUCAUCCACGGGGAACGAGAACAAUUCGAUGUAUCGUGCACCAGAUGGCAGUUUGACCGCAGUAAAUUGGACCGGGCGUGCGAAUCCGCAAUCGGGAAACCAAGCGCCCGGGUCGCCGUCACUCAAGGUAGUUCGGGGUUCGGCAUCCAUGUCCCAAUUACACACAGGACCAACUCUGACGCAUGCACCCGUGUCAACCAAUCCGUGGAUAGCCACAACAAACUUUGCAUUCGGCUCUUCCACUCCGAUGAUGAACCCGGCUGUCGGUCCCUACACUCUCCAACCCAUGCCUGCACCAGUCGGCUAUACUGCGAUUACCGCCCCCAUAACCUCUGCCACAACCUCUACCCCCAUGUCAGCUGGUUAUCCCCUCGGCGCUGUCCCACCGGGAACUGCACCCUUUCAGUCGAACCCUAUUUACGCUCCGAAUCCGACUGCGAUGACACAAAACCCUCCGGUUAGGUCAUCGUUGAAUCCAUUCCUCUGA